AGCCUAGGAGGCCUAGUGUUAUGGUGGAGGAAGAAGGAGUUACCGUCUCAAAUGCUGACAUAACAGAGGAAUCUUAACGUCCCAAUCUGCUGUGUACCUUGCACCUCCACACAACCUCGGGCAGCCAGGAGGACGUCCAGACACAAGGACAGACAGCAGCCAUGAGGUACACGACAGGCUGAAUACUUUCUGAAGGCAUUGGAUUUCAUUUGGAGAUGAGUAACCUGGAUGUUUGGACCAAGGACACACAGCCACAGGGAGAAGGUCAUUCCUGGAAUCAUUACUGCAGAGAAAACAAACUUGAGGGAUUUUUCUUUUUUAUGUCAUUCUAGGUCUUGAGGAUGCAAUGGAAUUUCCAAGAUUCACCUUCAAUCCGAAAGAGGGGAUCGACAAUCCAGCCUUGGUCAUCUCAGACGACCCUGAGCCAGACCCCAGUCCGGUACCCCGCCUGUGCCAGAUAAAGUGCAAAGAGGGCCAGAGUUUUGGCUUCAAUCUGCGUAUGGAGAGGAGCUGCCGGGGCUAUGUUGUCCGCCAGGUGGAUCCGUGGAGUCCUGCAGCGCUCAGUGGGCUCAGGGACGGGGACCGUGUGCUGGAGGUCAAUGAGGACUUUGUCGACAACAUGGAGUUCCCCAGGGUGGUGCAGAAGAUCCAGGCGUGUGGGCUGCAGCUGUUCCUGCUGGUUCUGAAGGGGGAGGAGUAUAAGGAGGCGCUGGCCCAGGGCCUGGACCUUCAGGCUCUGACCAGGGCUUACCGAGGGGAGACGUGUUCCCGGCCCAGGCUGUGUCACAUCACCAGAGACCCUAUCUUAGGUCUGGGAAUCAGCAUCAUCCCCAUUGAAGGUCAGAAGGGUCAAUACAUGUUGAGCACAGUAAGUGAGGGUCCUGCAACGAGGGCAGGGGUGCGUAGCGGAGAUAGACUGGUGUGGAUCAACGGUGCCAUGGUAUCAACGCUCACCCAUUCAGCUAUCAGUAAAAUGGUGAAGAAAUGUAGCGUCCAUGUGACCGUCCUAGUCAUCGACAGAGAUAGUGAAGCGAGCUACAUCCGACGAAAACUGCCCAUCUUGCCUAUCAUGGCCGGCUCUCACAACCUGCCACACAGACCCACAACGAUGCAUCUGGUCCAGGGGUCAGAUGGAUACGGCUUCUUAUUACGACAAGAGAGGUUGACUUCAGGGGGGCGUAUUGCUAACCUACUCCGUGAGGUGGAUGUGGGGAGUCCAGCAGAAGAGGCUGGUAUGCAGGAUGGAGACUUGCUGCUGGCGGUCAAUGGCCAGCCUUCAGAGUCUAUGGAGCAUGAGGAUAUUGUCAGGACAGUGAGGAAGAGUGGCAACCAGGUUAGCCUCACCACCAUAUCCAUACACGGAAGAGACUUCUACACACAGUUGGGUCUAUCUCCCCUGCUAUUCCAUGAGGACAGUCUGCCAGAAGGAGAGAGGAUGAGGAAGACACAGUCCCCUUGUACUGAGAUUCAGGAUGGGCUGAGUAAGAACGAGCACGGCUCACUUCCUUGUCCAAGACUCUGUGUCCUCGAGAGAGAAGAAUCAGGCUUUGGGUUUAAUCUGGGCUGUGUUCAACAUGAGCCAGGAACUUUCAUAGGCCAGGUGGUGGUAAAGGGCUCAGGACAUAGGGCUGGACUGUGGGAAGGGGAUGUAGUUGUGGAGGUGAAUGGCCAGAAUGUAGAGAAUGAGUACUUUGAGGACGUUGUGAUGCUGAUAAAGAAGAGCGAGAUGUCUUUGAAAUUACUGGUUGUGGAGAGGUCAGGGUAUGAGAGACUCAAACAUAGUGGGCUUCCAAUCACUCCUGGAGUCAUACUCCACAGCACUCAGGUUUCAGAGAAAACGAAUGAUGCUUUCUUGUGAUGGAAUGCUGAGAAGUGACCCAAGUCAUUAUGAAGACAACAUUAGGCAUCUCACCUAACAGAGGAUCUGGCACUGGCACAACAUCAACAAAAAACAGCUGCAGGAUGAAAUCAAUGAAGCUAUUCCCUCUACUUCUAAAUGCAACCUGAAAGAGAAGGGCUGAAAUAGAUGCUUGGCCUGCGCUGUGUCCUAAAUGGCAUCCUAUUCCCUAUAUAGUGCACUACUUUUGACCAGGGCCCUAUUGGGGGGGGAGGCAUUGGGGGCACUGCCAUGGGGAGUCUGCUUCCAUCUGAAAUGGAGGAUUUAAUCCCUUCGCCCCACAUCUCCCAAUCUCACAUGUCCUCUUUGUCAGGACUGUGCCGAUAGAGCUAUGCUAUGACCUGCUUCUUGCAAAGGAGGAUUUGCAGAGUAGAUUGCACACUGUUGCAAUUAUUAAUAUCUCAUGUGUAUAUGAUGGGAUAAUGAAGUUCAGGUUUAUUCUAAGUUGAAAUCAGGUUAAACAAAAUAAAAUGGGAAAAACAUCAGUGAGGCUCAGUUGAGAAUCUAUGAUCAUUAUUGUAUGUGAUGAUUCAAGGAGGUGCACAAAGAUUAAAGAUCUAUCACCAAGCA